AUGGUUGAGCCACCUUACAGCACCAGAGGCCUGGCUCCCAUCCGGAGUCAUUGUGGGAGCUUGGGGUGGGGUAACAAUUCUGAUUUUUUUUAUCCACUGCACCGCCUGCAGGAGUUGGAGAAUUAUCGGGCAGCAAUGCAGAAGAUGGCCUCGGACAUUAUCAAACUGAGGAAAGACACCGGGAGACUGGAGACGGAGAACAGCAAACUACGCAGCGAGCUCAACCUGCACCAGAACCUGGGCCAGAGCCUGCUGGAUGACACCGACAUCGACGUGAUGACCAAGGCGGAAAUAGCGGACAGAAUCGUCUUGUUAAAACACAAACUGGCCAGCGAGACUGCUGAGCAUCUGAAAAGCAAAGAUAAGUUGCAGCAACAGCAGAAUGAAUUAAUCCGGAAGAACGAUCGAGAGACGGAGCUCUUGAGGCUACAGAAAGCCCACCAGCAGCAGCACGCAGCCUUACAGAAACACCAGGACAAAAUGCGCAAGUCAAAGCUUCUGGAAGACACCAUACGACAACAGGAAGUGGUCAUAGAAAAAAUGGAGAAUAUUUUAAACAUGAAGUUGAACGAGAGACCGAGAGAAAAGGCUGACGCUUCCAAAAAACGAACAGGGGCCACAGAGGAGAGCGUGAGGAGAGAGGUGGAGGCAGUACUGCUGGCUGAGAAUGCACGGCUGCGGGAGGAGUUGGGACAACUACGGCUGCAGCCUACACCCAUCAUCCUGCAGCAGCCCGUCUACCCCAUCAAGGAAUCGUUGGCUGACCCGGAGAGACUACGCUUGCUGGCACAGUUGGAGAAGGCUCAGGGACGUAUCCAAACGCUGGAGACUCUGUUGGAUGAGAACUCAAGGAAAUGGGGACGAGAGAGGCAGAGUAUGUUGACGAGGCUCUCCGAGCACCAACAUGGUUUCACCAGAACCUCCACCAUGCUGUUCCAUGACUUCCCUUUGAAAACUGCUUUGGACUCACAUCUGACCCGAAAUUGACAUUCGAUGCCCUUGGCCCCAAUUUCAAUGGAGGAAUGAACAAGUCACAUUGGAAGAGGAUAUUACAACCAAAUGCUUGGUCUCAUUAUAAACAAAUACUGUGGCAAGUAAUUAAUUCUGCAAUUAAACCAAAACCAGUAAAAAAACAGAAGAUCAAAAAUCUUUUUUUUUUUUCUUUUUCAAAGUUUUUUUUCCCCCCCCAAAAAAAUUGGCUAUUUUUACACUCAAAGAUCUUGCAAAGCAAUAAUAAACAUACAAGUUUAUAUAUAGUUAUUUUUACAAAGGUGUAAUAUAAAUUAUUAAUAAGUAAUAUGUGUGUUCUUUAUUAGUAUUUAAUGAUACUGUAGACUGACUGGUGUGAUUACUCCACAUUGAAGAACAAUGUUUUAAUGCAGGGAUGUUUUAACACAUGGAUAGAAUAUGAUGUAAUAAAGGUUCCCAUUGUUUUGGCAUUUUUAUUCAGAGGGAGUGAAAUCUGUGCUGGUGUAUUUACACUCCAGAGUCUGGGUGACGACUAGUCUGUAGAACAUCCCUUGGAAAGUGCAAUACCUCCAGCUAUGUUUGAAAUAUGGGUCUACACGAAACGUUCAUCAAGGGCCUGUGCCACGAGCAUGCGACUCCAUGCGGCAAGCGCGACCUAAAGGGCCGGUCCCACCAGCAUGCGCCUGCAUGCGGCAAGCGCGACCUAACGUGGUCGCUUGAGCCGUACGGCCUCGCGGGGCCGGUCCCACUUCGAUCGCCGGAGCCGUAUGGGGUUGUGCGGAGCUGGUCCCGACAUCGUGC